AUGGCUUCUGAUUCUCAGACUGCAACUGCAACUACAUCUGAAAAGUCACUGGAGAACAAGGUGGAGGCUAAGUUGAUGGAAAAAGAGAUUGUAUUGCCAGAGACUACUGAUGUGGUGGAAGAUAAACCGGUUUCAGAUUCAAACCUGACUGUUACAAAGGAGGAGAACAUUAAUCAAACUCCUGGUGGUGAGCCUGAGAAAGAACCACAUGUGGAGGAGGUUGCAGUAGUUGUGAAAGCAGAGGAAUCUACAGAGAAGGGGACAGAUGAAAAUGGUGAGGAGAAGGUAGCUGAACAAGUGGAGCUAAAAGAACCAACCCUUGUGAAAGAGAGUGUUGAAGAAGUUAAUGUUGAGGCUGCUGAUGCAGAGAAAGCAGAAGAGGAAGGAAGAGAUGAAAAUGGUGAGGAGAAGGUAGCUGAACAAGUGGAACCUAAAGAAUCAACUCCUGUGAAGCAGAGUGUUGAAGUUAAUGUUGAAGCUGUUGAUGCAGAGAAAGCAGAAGAGGAAGGAAGAGAUGAAAAUGGUGAGAAGAAGGUAGCUGAACAAGUAGAACCUAAAGAACCAACCCUUGUGAAAGAGAGUGUUGAAGCUUCUGAUGCAGAGAAAGAAGAAGGGAAAGGAAAAGAUGAAAGUGGUGAGGAGAAGGUAACUGAAGAAGUGGCGCUUAAAGAAUCAACUCCUGUGAAAGAGGGUGUUGAAGAAGGUAAGGUUGAAGUUGCUGAUGCAGAGAAAGCAGAAGAGAAGGGAACCGUGGAAAGUGUCUCUAAAGAAGACAACAAAGAUAAGGAGGAGACCAAGGUGGUUGACAUAAGUGAGUCAACAGAAGGCAAACAGGUGGGACAAGUUGAUGUUCAACUUGUUAAAGAAGUACCUGAAGAGCCUGUAGAAGACAAGAUCAAAGAUGUUAAGGUUCUUGAAGUGGAGCCAAAGAUAGAGGCUUCUGAAAAAGUUGAGACUCAGCCUGAGAAAGCAAAUGAAUUGGCAACAGAUAUUGAAGUAGUGAAAACAGAGGAAACAACAGAACAAGCUAAGGUUGAGCUUGAGGGAAAGCUGGAGGAUACCAUUGUUGUUGAGACCAAAGACUCCACUAUCAACUCCAAGGAUGAACAGACUUCUGAAUCUGGUUCUAUUGUAAACCAAGAGCCAGACAAUGCCCCCGCAAAAGAGACUGAAGGAGACGCUUCUUCUCCUGCUGAUGCCAUUGAGAAAGCCAUCACCGAAGAGAAGCAUGUAGUGGACGAGCCAUCAAAGGAUGAGCAAGAGAAUGUCACUAAAUCAACUGCAGAAGUAGAAGAAAACAUUAAGAAGGACACUGAAACACCUGCUGCAGAUGUCAAGAGUGAAGAGACUUUGAAAGAAACUGAAGGAACCAAACAAGAAGCAAAAGCUGUAGAAACAGAACCUGUUGUUAAAGAGAUUGAAGAGCCGAAACAAGAAGCAGAAGUCACAACCAAAGAAGUUGUUAAGCAAAAGAAUACAAACAGCAUCAUGUCAAAGGUGAAGAAGUCUCUUGUUAAGGCAAAGAAAGCAAUCAUUGGAAAAUCUCCAAGCUCUAAGACCAUCACAACUCAAGAAGCAAAAGAAGAGAUCAAAGCCAAGUGAUAAAAGAAAAGAGUCAUGGAUUCUUUAAAGUCUUUCAAGGUAUUUUAAAUUUAUUUUGUUGGUUUUGUUUAUUGUGUUGGGAGAAAAAAGAACAUUCUUUUUAUUUUGUGUUUAUGGCUUUGUGUGGUUAUAAACUUAUGUCUGUAAAACCUACAAAGAUUUGGCUUUGUGUUAUGGAUGUGUGUUUGAGAAAUUGUAUUCCAUCAUUCAUUAACAUUUUUACGUUCC